AUGGGUUCCGAUGUCGUGUCUUUGGGUAUCGAAAAGUUUAUCGAACAGCAACUACCCGAGCGCCAAGUCGAGCUGGAUGUGGUCGUUGCAGACCUCAAGAAACGAAAAGCGCUUGUUUAUAGGGGAAGAUCUAAGGUCAAAUCGUCGAGCCAGAAACAAUCCUCAUCUGGUCAUCCCUCGCCACGAGUGCUAUCUCAUACCUUCAAAAAAUUCAAGACCUUGUUCCAAUCUGACACUACCACCAAACCCAGCCGGGUCAUGAAGACCCUCCAAACAAUCGUAGCCACCGUUCGUAGUGCGCUGGCAAGGGUAACGAACUGUGAGGUUGCGGACUAUGCUCUCAGGCUGGAGGAUAACAUCGAAUCCACCGUCCACGGAUGUAUAACUUCGAAACUGGACGGCCCCGUGCGUUCCACGGACGUCCUAGUACCAAUUAUGGGUAUCGACAGUGGCGACGUCCACCUCUCACCCAAGGAGAUUGACUUCAUUCUUAUGUCUCUCAUUGCGCGAAUCAUGAACAAGGACGCCCGUAGAAAGUUUUGCUUCGCGGUCACAUUCGAAGGCCCUGAAGUAACAUUGUGGAAGUUUACUAGGUCCCUGCAUAUCAAGUCGACCGCGUUCGACAUGUCCGAGUACCCCGAUCUGCUAAUCCAACUUUUCGUUUCUCUUCUCGGCGCACGAAAUGAUCUACUGGGAUACGAUCCUCUCGUCACCCUGCUCCCCGAUGAAAACUACAUCUACGAGAUGCCCUCCGAUGGCGAUACAGGUCCACGUUAUUACAGAACCAUUGCCUCUAUCUGUGACACGCAGGCUUCCUACGUCACUGGUCGAUGCUUGCGCGUCUGGGAGGUUGAGCAGGUGGAGUCCGUGGCGAAUCCCGUACGCGUCCCAGGUACGCCCACCAGGGUGUUGAAGGACGUCUUCCUGGACUCUGGCAUGCGCACCGAGUCCGACAUCCAGGAAGAGCUUUUCGCCGACAUAGCCAAUUUGGCCGCAGAUGACUCAUGGACCUCUCGGCCCUUGCUGAGGGACUUCCCUCGAUCCGACAUUGACGCGCUGGCAGAUACGUUGGAGGGCGAGAAAUUCAAGCGUUUCUUUUCGUGUAUCAUCGCGAAGCACGUCGGGGCUGCUGAUGAAGUCGGUGGUGUCUUUGCCUCUUUGUCGCCCUCAUCCGCUUCUGAAGAUACACCACCCCCACCAAAACGACGCUGUCUAUUCGUGUACGAGCACGUCUGCACCGCUCUUAACGACAUUCCCGUCCUUGGAGAUGCCGUAGAGAUCCUGAAACAAGCGCUCAUACCACUGCACCUAAUGUUCUGCGCUGGAUGGGUCCACCGCGAUGUCAGCCCCGGGAACAUCCUCGCCCUUCGAGCGACAUCCGAUGAGCCUUGGGUGGUAAAACUCUCCGACCUCGAGCACGCAAAGAGGUUCCCUGAUCCCGAGUCACCUGGGGAGAAAAAUGUGACGGGUACGCCGUACUUCAUUGCCUAUGAAAUCAUCUACGGCUAUCAGCUUUUCCCUGCAACCGCCGAUCCAAAAUUCCCUUCGUGGUCGUACAAGUAUGUCCCAAUCGUACACAGCUUCCAACACGACCUAGAAUCCAUCUUCUGGAUCAUCCUCUGGCUGAUUUCCAUGCGCAUUGACCAAGAGGUACCCCGGGAAUUUGGAAAGACAUACUUUCAACAGCGCGUUGACCACGGGUACGCUCUUGCCCGCUACCGAGCGUUUACAAAGCCGCUCUACAUCCAAACCGACUUGGAGAAGUCCCUUCGCCCAACAUCGUUGCUUCGCUCCAGGUUCGUCAGCACCCUCGAGAACCUGCGGAAAGACCUCUACGAGCAAUAUAUAUCCAGGAACAAGGAGGCGAGGUACCACGACCCCUCUUCGUACUCGUGGAUUAUGAGCAAGGCGUUCAACAAGUUCUUUGAUGCUGUCGAUGAGUGCAAGGACAGGUGGGGUGAUAUUGCCCUCAUGGUGGACUCGAAACCUCGCAAAGUUUCGCCUCCCCCACCGCCCCCAUCGUCUUCUCUCAACCAAGGUGACGACGUCACACCACCGAUUAAGCGAAGAGCCAGGGAUUCGGGGGAGGAGGGUAGAGCGUCAAAGAGAGUUCGAAUCAAUGCAGCGGAGGAACGUCCCAUUGUUCCCCGCUGGACUGGCCCAAAAACUCGGUCCAUGACAAGGAACGAGGGUCGAAUCACAAGAUCCACCACCCGCUGGCUUCAAGAAGAAGAGAAACAGAAGAAACGCCGCUUGUAG